UAUAAUUUUAUGUCCUUCUGACUCCCAAACCCCACCCCCAACAAUGAGGAGCACCAGAUCGAACCUGCUGCUCGGCUGCGUGCUCCUCUGCUCCGCCUCCUUGCUGUACCUGGGUAUGAGCGGGAUAGACUGCCCUCCAAAAAGCCAUCGUCGCCGGUGGAUGGAGCUCAAUUUGGGCUCAGGCAAUCAGAACCUAUCCCUGGCUGAACACUUUCCAGAAGACACACCAGUCAUCUUCAUCGGAGGCUUCCCCAGGAGCGGCACAACACUGAUGCGCGUUAUGCUGGAUGCCCACAAUGCUGUGCGGUGUGGGGAAGAGACCCGAGUGAUUCCCCGCCUCUUGACUAUGCGGGCCACCUGGAGCCGCUCGGUUAAGGAGAGAAUACGACUGGAUGAGGCUGGCGUCACUGACCAGGUGGUGGACUCAGCUGUGAGAGCGUUCCUGUUGGAGGUGAUAGUUGGUCAUGGGGAGCCUGCACCUCGCCUUUGCAACAAAGACCCAUUUGCGUUGAAGUCUUUAUCUUAUUUGGCUCGCAUCUUCCCAAAAGCCAAGUUUGUGCUCAUGUUACGAGAUGGACGGGCAACUGUGCACUCCAUGAUCUCACGCAAGGUGACCAUAUCUGGUUUCGACCUGACCAGUUACAGGGACUGCCUUACCAAGUGGAGCAGUGCAGUCGAGACCAUGUUCAGCCAGUGUCAGGCGGUUGGGCAAGCCAAGUGUCGGCCUGUUCACUAUGAGCAACUUGUUCUCCACCCAGAGGAGGAAAUGAGGAAGUUGCUGCACUUUUUAGAGCUGCAGUGGGACUCAUCAGUGCUGCAUCAUGAAGAGCUGAUUGGAAAGGCUGGUGGUGUGUCUCUAUCCAAGGUGGAGCGUUCGACAGACCAGGUGAUGAAGCCAGUGAACACAGAGGCCCUCUCCAAGUGGGUGGGGCAGAUUCCCCCUGAUGUGGUCAGCGACAUGGCUGAGAUCGCUCCCAUGCUGUCUCGCCUGGGCUACGACCCCCACGCCAACCCUCCUGACUACACAAAAACAGAGCCCCUGGCACCUCAGUUCAAUUACUCACAUAAAGUGAAAGCAGCAGAUAUUCCUCACCCCAGUUAAACGUGGCUGUGCUGUUCUACAAUAUGGACGCACCACAGACUCAUGAGCAGUGUCCGUGUCUGUACACUGGCGGGCUCGUCAAUUGGCUCUUAAUGUCUUGAGUGGACUACCUGCUCAGGGAAGUUCUCCUUCUUCACCAUCCAUCAUUCCCUCCAUGUUGAACUGGCAGUGGCACUCUGCAUUUUGGCUCGACCUCUCACCUCCUACCUGAAAGUAUUUCAAGUCAGUUGUUAUGACUUCACCAUCACAAUGUGAAUGUGUCUUCAGACCAAUCCUUCACUCACUGAGCGUUCGGUGUUUGUGAAACAUGACUGUAUAUUUUUGAAGACGUAUGUUUAUUUUCUUAAUAAAUUAUUUUGCUGUUGACCAUUCAGGAAUUUGAGAGCUGGGACGAUUUCUAAUUGUUGUAAAUUGUUGAGCAUUAAUAAAAAGAAC